ACCGGAAGUGGGUAGGGAUAAUAUGGAGGAGCUUCCGGCGUGCCCCGGCGGCUGAAAGCCGGGGCAGAAGUGCGGGUCCCCGUCUGGGUCCCCGUCCCCGUCCCGCCGAGGCGGCGACCACGGUAGGAGGAAGGAGGUGUUGGACGCGCGGGCCCUUCGCCGCUUUACGUUGCAGCCUUAUCUCAGCUCAACAUGAACUAUAUGCCCGGCACCGCCAGCCUCAUCGAGGACAUCGACAAAAAGCACUUGGUCCUGCUGCGAGAUGGAAGGACACUUAUAGGCUUUUUGAGGAGCAUUGACCAAUUUGAUAAGAAAGUUGAGAUUGAAGAUGUGAACAACUCCAACCAUAAAGUAAGUGGUGGAACCAGGACUGAAGGUCUCCAAAUACAAAACCUGUGCUUUCUCCGCUCCAGUUCACAGCAUCCUCACUACCAUCGCAACCAACCCAAAGGCAGGUGCUGUUGCCCAGUGCUCACCUGCUCUGAGCCAGGGCCCAGACAAGUUCAAGGUCCCUCUCCUCAACUCUCAGGAACCUGCAGAGGAAUUAAUCUUCCACCACAACCUACAAUUUCAUGGCUGAACCACCAAAGUUCCCCACCCAGGACAGCCAGCUCUCAACCCUCAGAUCCCUUCUCCAUAUUGUUGGCCAUUUGUUCUUCCUGGGACACCCACACUCCAUCCUCUAUCUCAAACCUGGCUAACUCCUUCUUGCACUUCCUACACACAGCUCUCAUGUCACUUCCUCCCAGAAGCCAUCCAUAACACUCCUUCCUCUCCCUGUGUAAUUAGGUGUUCCAUCCCUUGUACUUCCAAACCCCUCAUGUGCUCUACAACUUUCCAUAUUGGAUCGUAUGGUUCAUUUUCCUCAUAGCUGUAGAGCCACAGUGGAUACUCAAUAAAGGAUUGUUGAAUGAAUGAA